AUGGAGGAGUGUCAAACUAUUGUGUGCGGUGCGCGGUGCGCGGUGCGCGGUGCGGGUGGUGCGAUGUGUGGUGCGGGAUUAAAAUUAGGAAAUAAAAUAAGUGAACACACGAGAAUUAAAUCAUUAAGCACUACGUCUAAUAUGUUAAUAUUAAACCUCUGUGUAGGAUGUUUGAUCAUGUGUAUUGUGGACUUUCCUCUCUAUGCUACCUCCUCCUUCCUUCAAAAAUGGAUAUUCGGACAUAAAAUUUGUGAGAUAUAUGCUACUAUUACCGGAACAGCAGGACUACUUAUAAUGAACAGUUAUUCCGCCAUUGCCUUCGAUAGAUUUAUAACGGUAACAAGAUACAAUAAUCCAAACUAUCCACGGUCUAAAAGUGCUACCAUGUGUAUUUCCGGAUUCGUGUGGAUCUACUCGUUAUCUUGGUCGAUGGCUCCAGUGGUAGGAUGGAGUCGAUAUCAGCUAGAUGGCUCGGGAACUACUUGUACGUUCGAUUAUCUUUCCACAACGUGGACAAACCGCUCCUUCAUACUGAGCAUCGCCUUCUUCAAUUUUGUGCUACCACUGUGUUUUAUUCUAUUUGCCUAUUCACGAAUAUUGCAUCUUAUAUCAUCACACUCUCGUGAAAUGAAGUCGUAUCGUUCUGCAGUGAUUAUCAGUAAAGGUAAAGCUUCCAUUCCAAAACGAUUUCGUAGUGAACGAAAGACAGCUAUAACGCUACUAAUUACAGUCGUUGUAUUUUGUUUAUCUUGGGUACCGUACGUCAUUAUAGCGUUAAUUGGUCAGUUUGGAAACCAGUCGUUUAUAACGCCACAGAUAUCAGUUAUUCCCCAGCUAGUGGCAAAAUUAUCUACAGUUACAAACCCUAUUUUAUAUUCCUUAAGUCAUCCUGUCGUCAGAAAUAAAUUAUUCUUACGUCUCCGUCAUGAACUCUAUAGGCGACCAAGUGACUCGGUUAGCUCCAGUCGAGGAAUUCAGAUGAAAAAUAUAGAAUUCAUCUAA